AUGCGGGCUGAGGAAGAGGUCAGGCGCAUUGAUCUGGAGGACGUCGAGGUGUUUAUCGCGCUGCAGGAUGCGUUCGUGCAUGAACACCAUUCUUUGUCGCGCGAAGUGUACAAGGAGGUCACUCUUCUUGAUUGGCAACAUAGCUUGGUCUGUCCGCGUGAUGUUCUUGAGAAGCCGGGAGGCCGGCGGGAGCAACUUGUGAGCAUUGUGAAGCAGGAGCACUCUUGCUACCGCCACCUGUACAUCCUGCUCGUGAGAGGGGCCGGCCGCGAGGUAGGAUACAUCAUGUACCAAGUGCACAAGGGCAAAAGGAAGGAUGCUAUUCCUUCAGCGUAUGUGGAGGUCAAGCAGAUCUUUGUCGAACCAGACAUGCGCAAGCGCGGAUUUGGCAAGCUUCUGGUAGAUGGCAUGAUGCAGGCCCUUGAAGGGCAGGACAUCCGGAGCAUCCGCCUUAGUGUACUUGACCUGAAUGAUGCUGCCACCAAAUGGUACCGGGCGCAAGGCUUUGUCAUGACUGGCCUGGUUUGGGAAUACAUCGGUCCGGCUGACCACUCGUUGCUGGUUGCCUACCAGGCCUUCAGUCAAGCCAGUGUCAAGUGCUUCUGUUUCGGCAAUACAGUCUCUUGA